CCGGGCGAAGACGGGUACACUCUGGUCGCCUCUGGGAAAGUCGACAAUGUCAAGCGCCAUUUUGGGGUGCAGAUUACUUUCACUUUUCCUUUUUCAAAGAUUGAUUGGAUGCCUCAUGCAACUGCUAUAUAAGUACCUCCGAUGGGUUUCCUUUCCUCUAGCCUUCUCUCACCAGUCUUCCAAGUACCCACGGUCCAGACUACUCCCUGAUUCACGCCGUCUGCACUAGCUAUCGAUCAGCAGUAGCACGCACUCCGCCAAAAAUCACAAUGCGAGUCUGGAGUGCCAUCAUCAUGCUCGCUCUACUUCCCAAAGUUGCCACAGCCCAUUUCCAUGUCGGCGCGCUCACUUCCCCCUAUGGCAAGCGAAUUGUUAUAACAGCUUCGCAAGCAGACACUAGCUGCGAUAAUGUAGUCGACAACUCGAAAGGCGAGGGCGAAAAUAUUGAGGAAGCUGCGCCCGGGGUAAUUAACGGCACAGUUUGCGACCAUUCUGUUACUGUUUCCGUUAAGGACUGGUUCGUCGGUGAUAUUUGGUUCAAUGCGUCGGAUGGAACGAGGGGAGAUUGCUAUCUGGUUGGACAGGCCUCAGCCUGCACAGAAAACCCCGGUUGGAUUUGGCGCGAUAACAUGUGGUGCGAAGCACCGCACAUAUGCUAAGUGUCAAUAUCUGGCGGAGCUGGCACCUUGGUAGGGAUUGCAGAAUGCGCCUGCAUCCGGAAUUUAUGUCAACCAUGCAAAGGGGAGCCACAAAGAAAAUAAACCCAUGUCGACAAUAAAUCCGGCGAGCUCAUAAACUUUGUAAUUUUAUGCAAUUUUUAUUGGAGAACCUCAC